AUGGAUGACCUGCAGAACAACAAUUCCAUGUGGCAAGGACAUCUUUCUUCUGACCUCUCUAUGUUGAGGUACUUUAACAGCACAGAAGACUACUUGGCAUUCUUGUAUGGUCCAAAACGAAGUCGUCUUUCACUACCAAUGACUCUAGUCUAUGCAGCUAUAUUUUUGGUGGGUGUCAGUGGGAACCUGCUGGUAUGUUUGGUGAUCUUGAAGCACCACAACAUGAGAACUCCAACCAACUACUAUCUAUUUAGCUUAGCUGUGUCUGACCUCCUGGUCUUGUUACUUGGAAUGCCCCUUGAAAUAUAUGAGAUGUGGAGCAACUAUCCCUUUCUCUUUGGAGCCUGGGGCUGCUAUUUCAGGACAGUCCUUUUUGAGACAGUGUGUUUUGCCUCCAUCCUUAGUGUAACAACAGUCAGUGUGGAGAGGUAUGUGGCCAUCAUUCACCCUUUUCAAGCCAAGUUAAAAAGCACUAGAAGAAGGGCUCUUAGAAUCCUUAUAACAAUUUGGAUAUGUUCAAUUAUCUUUUCAAUUCCCAACACCAGCACUCAUGGAAUCUUGCUACAGUACUUUCCCAAUGGGAGCCUGGUCCCUAACUCUGCUACAUGCGCAGUAGUUCAGCCCCUGUGGAUUUACAACUGUAUUAUUCAAGUGACCUCACUACUCUUCUAUGUGAUUCCAAUGGGCAUUAUUAGUGUCCUCUACUGCCUAAUGGGGCUCAAACUUAGGGGAGAUAAUUCGCUAGAUACGGAUAAAAUGUCAGUGAGCGUCCAGAGACCUUCACGGAAAUCAGUCACAAAGAUGCUUUUUGUCUUGGUAAUGGUGUUUGCUAUUUGUUGGGCUCCUUUCCACACUGAUAGACUUUUCUUUAGCUUUGUGGUGGUUUGGACUGAGCCACUGGCCAACGUUUUUAACCUCAUCCAUGUUGUAUCAGGUGUCUUCUUCUACCUCAGUUCUGCUGUCAAUCCUCUGAUCUACAACCUUCUGUCUCGACGUUUCCAUACUGCAUUCCGGAACUUUCUGCCCCCUCUAUUUAAACACUGGACGCCAAGGCUUCCAGUGCAAAGUCUAGCUCCUCAGAAGACCACUAUUUCUCUUGCAGAAAGGAAUCGUAUAGACUCUGUAGAGGAGGGAAGCCCUUCAUUUCCUCAUCGCACCUCUGUAUGUAGCUCCCAUCUCUCUACAGUCCUUUAGCAAAGCAUGCAAAAUUACCAUCUACAUACUUAUCAUUUUAUAGCAGGACGAUGGUGAAUAAUAUGUCUUCAAAAAGUCCAUAUAUUAUCUUGCCCACACAUUGACUGGCAAAUCUUUUUUAAGGG